UCUCUGAGUCUCCACAAGCCUUCACUGGGUGUGAAUAUUCUGCAGUAUCUCUCUUCCUAAAGAAACACUAAUCUUAUCUGAUCCGGGCCCUACCCUUAUGAUCUCAUUUAACUGUAAUUACUUCCUUACAAGCCCUGUCUUCAAUCACAGUCACACUGGAGGCCUAGGACUUCAACCGAUGAGCUAGGGGAGAGGGACACAUUCAGUCUAUGACGUCAUUCUACUCUCUUAGCUGUCCCACAUAUACCUACAUAUAUAUACCUAUACCUAUACAUAUAAAACACAUAACAGACCACUCUUUGUUCUCUUGUCUCCCUGCUUCAGCUCCUGCAUUGGCCUUCUUGCUCACUGCCCUUCCCACCCCUCCCCCUGUAGAAUUAUCUUUCCACGUAAACAACAGAUCACUGGUUAUCUAUUAAGCAUUUCUCCUAAUAUCAGAUCCUCUCUACAUUCUCCCCAACAACCCAGCAAAGUGAUAGUAAGCCAAGGAUGGCUCAGAGAGGCUAAGUGAAGGCCUAGUGUUAUUCAGGGUCAGAUCUGAAACCAAACUGAGCUCUAAAAUGCAUGUUCUUUCCGUUAGUGCAGUCCAAGCACCUGAAAGGGUUCAAGACCCAAAUACCCAGGACAAUUAGUGAUGGGCAGAUAAAUUUGUAUAUAAUGUAACCUCAGCUUCUCCUUCAAUAGUAUUUAUGGCAAAGCUGAUUUAUUUUCCGAUUCCAUCAAGAAACCCAGGACCUCUGAGUUGCUACCUCAGAUAAGUGAAUACUUUUUAAACUCAAACUGAUAAUCUGUAUUUUCCUGUUAAGGAAGAGUUCUUAUAUGUGACUUCAAUUAUGCAUUAACAAAUUUACUUGUACUUUUAAGGGUAGAAAUUUUACCAGCGUGAAAUAACAAAUGAACUACUACUUCAUCUUAAUUUCCUGCUAGCUGAUGAUCUAGCUUCCAUUCGCCAAAGCAGUGGUACUGACUCAAUUCACCAGAAGGUCAAAUUGAACCAACCAGGUGAACCACUCAGUUCCCACAGAGUCCUUUAGACAAUGCUGAGAUCUGAAGGGGUAUUCCUCCAGCAUCGUGCUAGCAGUUGCUCUGGGCACUUCUGCACACUCAGCACUCACAGUCUCAAACAAAUACACACACAGGCAGCCUGAGUGUGCUCACCUUUCCCCUUGCCUGGGUGUUGAAGGCAUUAUUUCUGCAGACAUGAAAUCAGAGUUAUCUUGGUUUCAAAAAAGUACAGACGGGGUUGGAGAGGUUCUCUGCCUGAGCUGCUGGUGGUUCGGGGGAACAGUCCAUUCUACUCCAGUUGGUUCUGUUAUCCAGGAGAGGCAGAGGCAUCCAGGAACCUGACUACACUUGGAGCAUUCAGGGACUGUAGUGUCACUUGGAGCUACACCUCCAUCACGGGUCACCCCAGGUGCUGGUCUGUGGUUAAGGGCUUGUGGGCUCCUGGCCACCUGGUGGACAGGCAGACAGGCGUGUGUCUAGACCACUGCUGGCUGCUCAGACACUGCUUUGCUGUGCUGGGUAAAUGGCCCACUUUCCAUGCCCGCCCCACCAGCCUGCCCUGCCCCACUCCCGCUGCCUAUUUAAGCUAGAGGCCCUGACUCCAGCCAGACACAGCCAGUUUCCAGAACCAGGAGAGUAAUGCAGCUGCUCCGUUCACCCAGGGAUGAAAGGUCCUUCUGUUUCACCAUUUCCAACUGAUGCCAUUUCCAACCGGUUCUCAACGAGCUUUGGUGUCCCAGCAUGGCCCCUUGAGGUGAACCAUGAAUGUCUGCAGAACAUUUAGCACUAACUAUCCAGAGUCGCAGCUUUCCAGGAGGUGACCCAUCCUCCGCCUGUCCCCAGCUUGCCCACCCCUGCCUGGAAAGUGCUGCAGCUGCCACGGACACCAUGUAGUAGGGCGGCUGCGGCGCCCAGUGAGCUGCGAUGGUUUUGUACACGACCCCCUUUCCUAACAGCUGUCUGUCCGCCCUCCACGCUGUGUCCUGGGCCCUCAUCUUCCCAUGUUACUGGCUGGUGGACCGGCUGGUGGCCUCUUUCAUACCCACCACCUAUGAGAAGCGUCAGAGGGCAGAUGACCCUUGCUGCCUGCAGCUCUUCUGCACUGUACUCUUCACGCCAGUCUACCUGGCUCUGCUUGUGGCUGCAUUGCCUUUUGCCUUUCUUGGGUUCAUCUUCUGGUCUCCACUGCAGUCUGCCCGCCGGCCCUACUCCUACUCCCGGUUAGAGGACAAGAGCCCAGCUGGAGGGGCAGCCCUGCUCAGUGAAUGGAAGGGCACGGGGGCUGGCAAAAGCUUUUGUUUUGCCACAGCCAAUGUCUGCCUCCUUCCUGACUCACUCGCGAGGCUCAACAAUGUUUUCAACACCCAAGCGCGGGCCAAAGAGAUUGGGCAGAGAAUCCGCAAUGGGGCUGCCAGGCCUCAGAUCAAAAUCUACAUUGAUUCUCCCACCAACACCUCCAUCAGUGCAGCCAGCUUCAGCAGCCUGGUGUCUCCGCAGGGCAGUGAUGGAGCCAGAGCUGUCCCUGGUAGCAUUAAGAGGACGGCCUCUGUGGAAUACAAGGGGGAUGGUGGGCGUCACCCCAGUGAUGAGGCUGCCAAUGGCCCAGCCUCUGGGGACCCGGCUGAUGGCAGCCUCGAGGACAGCUGCAUUGUGCGCAUUGGAGGUGACGAAGGAGGUCGUCCACCGGAAGCUGAUGACCCUGCUACUGGGAGCCAAAUUGGGAAUGGGGCUGGUGGGACCCCAAAGGGCCAGACGCCCAACCACAAUCAGCGAGAUGGGGAUUCUGGGAGCCUGGGCAGCCCCUCGGCGUCCAGGGAGUCCCUGGUGAAGGCGCGGGCUGGGCAAGAUGGCGGCGGCAGCGGAGAGCCGGGAGCCAACAGCAAGCUCUUGUAUAAGACAUCAGUGGUGAAGAAGGCAGCAGCCCGCAGGCGGCGACACCCUGAUGAAGCCUUUGACCACGAGGUCUCGGCCUUCUUCCCGGCCAACCUGGACUUCCUGUGCCUGCAGGAGGUGUUUGACAAGCGUGCAGCUGCUAAGUUGAAAGAGCAGCUACACGGCUACUUUGAGUACAUCCUGUAUGACGUCGGGGUCUAUGGCUGCCAUGGUUGCUGCAAUUUCAAGUGUCUCAACAGUGGUCUCUUCUUUGCCAGCCGUUACCCUGUCAUGGACGUGGCCUAUCACUGUUACCCUAACGGGUGCAGCUUCGACGCCCUGGCCUCUAAGGGAGCUCUGUUUCUCAAGGUGCAGGUGGGAAGCACACCUCAGGACCAAAGAAUUGUCGGGUACAUCGCCUGCACACACCUGCAUGCCCCACCAGAGGACAGUGCCAUCCGGUGUGAGCAGCUGGACCUGCUUCAGGACUGGCUGGCUGAUUUCCGAAAAUCUACCUCCUCGUCCAGCACAGCCAACCCGGAGGAGCUGGUGGUGUUUGACGUCAUCUGUGGAGAUCUGAACUUUGAUAACUGUUCUUCUGAUGACAAACUGGAACAGCAGCACUCCUUGUUUACCCGCUACAAGGACCCCUGCCGUCUGGGGCCCGGGGAGGAGAAGCCGUGGGCCAUUGGGACCCUGCUGGACACAAGCGGUCUCUAUGAUGAGGAUGUGUGUACCCCUGACAAUCUUCAAAAGGUUUUGGAGAGUGAGGAAGGCCGCAGGGAGUAUCUGGCCUUCCCUACCAGCAAGAGCCCAGGGGCUGGGCAGAAGGGGCGGAAGGAUCUGCUGAAGGGCAAUGGCCGACGCAUCGACUACAUGCUGCACGCUGAGGAGGGGCUGUGCCCUGACUGGAAGGCUGAGGUGGAAGAAUUCAGUUUUAUCACCCAGCUCUCUGGCCUGACCGACCACCUCCCUGUGGCCAUGCGGCUGAUGGUAUCUGCAGGGGAAGAGGAGGCAUAGACCAGCCAUGCCACUGGCAUCUCAAGAAGUGGGCCUCUGCCAGCCCUGCAAGCCACAGCCCAUGUCUGGGCUGUGUCCCCUCCAUUGAGCACCCAGUGCUGGGGGUAGGAGGGCAGGGGACAGGGAAGAGCCUGUCAGUCCCCUGGGAGCCUGGAAGCCAGGCUGCUCUGUGCCUCUGGGCCAUCUCUAAGAACAGAGGACUCAGGCCAGUCUGGGAGCCCCUGGCUGCCUAACCAGUGCCAUUCUUUCCAAUCACGAUUUUCUACAGAUCUACACAGCACAACAUAGUUUGUAACCCGAGGGUUAGUAUGAGGACCGGGUUUAUGUACUCUUUGUAUUUCUUCUCAAGCUUUGUCCAGGGUUCAUUACUUUCGUCUGCUGCCAAUGUUGUCUCGCAUGCUUGCACCCUCGCAUGCACGCUGCCCGCAUGCCAUGUGCCACGCUGUAGCACCCAGACCCCUUGCUCGGGCCUCACCCAAGGCCAAACUCCAAACA